GAAUAUCCUUAUAUUUUUCUUCUUCCAAAAUGCUCUAUAAAACUUGGCAAAUGUUCUAAAUGGGUCUUUUUCUAGCGCAACAGGACCAUUUUCUAUUUUAUCGCAGGAUUCAAAAAGCAAGAGGAAAGAAGAAAGAAAUCAGGCACUAGUUCUCACUUCUCAGUAAUGGCUUCAAUGGCAUCAUCAAAUACCCACCAUUUUUAUCCAAACAAAUUCAAAAGUAAAGUAUAUACUACUAGUAAAUCUUCUUUCUUCCCUUGUAUUGUUUCAUGUAAGGAGCAGGAGCAGCAACAGCCACAGCAGGAUGAAAACGCCAAACAAAUGGGUCGCAG